CAGCAUUCCAAGUCGAGCUGUUGUGAAGUGAACACCGCUUAGGCGAAAAUCUCUAGGCGAGUACUGGACAACCAGCAGCGCUUAGUCAGUUCGUUUGAGAUCUCAUUUAGAAAAAAAUAUUAAUCAUGAAGUCUAUGAUUAUCCUGGCCGCUUCCCUGUGCCUCGCGCACGCAUCCUACUACGCGGGCCCGCCCGCCCACGUCCAGCUCAGCCCCGACGGCAAGUUCCUGCUGGACACGCCGGAGGUGGCCCACGCCAAGGCGGCCCACCUCGCGGCGCUGGCCCAGGCCUCCACGGGCCACGGGGCGUGGGCCCCCGGCCCUCACGCGUACGCCGCUGGUGAACACUACGGCGCGCCUGGUGCUGGUCUCCACAAAUACGGCCCCGCUCCUCUGGCUCACGACGGGCGCGUGAUCGACACCCCCGAGGUGGCCCACCUGAAGGCCGCCCACCUCGCCGCCCUGCAGCACGCCGCCCACGGCGCGCACGCCCUGGCCCCCGCCCACUACGCCGCGCCCGCCGCGCCCGCGCACUACGGAGCCCCCGCGCACUACGCCGCCGGCUACGGCAAGUGGACCGGCCCCCCGGCGCACAUCCAGCUCACGCAUGACGGCCAGUACGUCGUGGACACCCCUGAGGUCCAGCACGCCAGAGCUGCUCACCUCGCCCAGUACGCGCACGCCGCCCACGCCGCCGCCGCCGCCCCCGAGGAGCCCUGGGGCCACCACGGACAGUGGCACUAAACUUCUACCUCUAGACCUCACGCUCUACACCUACUAGACUGCUCAUGAACUAUGUUUUUUAUAUAAAAUCGAAGAGAAAACAACGAAAAAAAUAAUGUAAUGUUUACGUGUAUAAAGUUGUCGAAUGUAUGUAUAGCAAGCCUCUUGAAGAGUGAACUUUAAAACGAAAGAAUAAAAAAAGUUUAUAAAGUUA